CAAGUAGGUCACACAUCCUUGAUCUUCUCUCUUAAGAGCUAAGCAAAAAUUCAUUUCUCUAUUUCUUCCAUCUCCUUUCAAAACUCUCUCUCUCUCUACUGAGUAAGCUCCAUUACUCUGUUUUUUUCUUCCUCUUUCUAUUGAAUAAGCUCCACUGCUCUGUUAUAUUCGAAAGGCUUAGUCUUUAAGGUUCUGCAAGAAAAUGGCUUCUUAUAGAUCCCAAUCUGAGCUCUGCCCUCUCUCGCCGUGUCCCUCUCUCGGAAACUUCGUUGAACGGAUCAAAGACGCAUGUCGUUUCCUCGUCUCAGCUGUUCUUGGCACAGUUCUCUCGGCGAUCUUGACCUUCUUCUUCGCUCUAGUGGGAACAUUGCUUGGAGCAGUCACAGGAGCUUUAAUAGGCCAAGAAACCGAGAGCGGCUUCAUCCGCGGAGCGGCUGUUGGUGCCAUCUCAGGAGCUGUUUUCUCCAUCGAAGUCUUUGAAUCUUCUCUCCUCCUCUGGAAAUCUAAUGAGUCACGUUUCGGUUGCCUCCUCUACUUGAUUGAUGUCAUUGUUAGUCUUAUAAGCGGCAGACUCGUACGUGAACGCAUAGGUCCAGCAAUGCUAAGCGCGGUUCAAAGUCAGAUGGGACCUGCGGAUGCAGCUACUUUCGAUGAUCUUUCGAGCAUCUUUGACACCGGUGGCUCAAAAGGAUUAACAGUAGAUGUGGUUGACAAAAUACCCAAAAUCAAAAUCACUGGCGGAAACAACUUAGAUGCUUCUGGCAACAAAGACUCGUGUUCUGUUUGUCUUCAAGAUUUUCAGCUAGGUGAAACUGUGAGAAGCUUGCCACAUUGUCAUCACAUGUUCCACUUGCCUUGCAUUGACAAUUGGUUACUCAGGCACGGUUCUUGUCCAAUGUGUAGACGUGAUUUGUAACCCUCUCCCUUUCUUACCAUUUUGCACAGUCUCUUAUAUGUAUGUACAAAGAAAUGGGAUAAUAAGUUUUGAAACUUUUAGAAACUCAGACCAAAUCCAUUUAAUAGAUUGUGUGUUUUGGCCUCA